UAAAUUAACCCUACAAGGCACUCAGUGACUCAUCGGGAACACUCAUAGAAAAGGUUCCCUACACGUUUAUUAAAACUGAUAUAGACUUCUGUUGGGUUUUUGUAGAAACUUUACUAGUAUAGCGAUUACGUAAUACAGAUAGUUUGGCAUAGAUGGCGGUAUCGGUCACUAGGCAAAGAACAGAACUUCAAAUUCGGGGUGUCGUCGCGAGUUCAUUAAUUCCACAUAUUGAAAAAAAUAUAAAAGUUGUUUUAUUGGAGUUUUGGACAGUAAAAAAAUUAUUGUAGUUUUAUAAUAGUGUUCACUUUGACUCGGAUUAUGGCUAGAAAAAGAUUAUUUGAGGAAGAAAUUAUACAUUUCUUGACUAUACCAUCGGGUAGCGAAGAUGGCGAAGAUUCUUCUGCAGCCGACAGUGAUGAAGAUACUGAAAGAUUACGAUCCACUCUUAGCUUUUUGCCAGAAUCACUUAAUGACAUGGAAGCAAAUCAAUGUCCUUCUACUAAUGAAGAUACAAGUCACGAAAACAGACAUGAACCAAGCCCUCGACCCAGUACUUCGGGUGCAAUUUCAGAGCCCACUGCAGGUAUUGUUCAACCGUCACCAACAGCCAGACAAUCUUCGACUUUUGUGAGUAUUGCCACAUCUAACAGAACUAAAACCAAGGUCUCUUGCUCUCAAAGAAAAAAAAGGAAGUUCAUCUGGAAAAAGAAGUCUUUUCAACCAGUUCUGCCUCAGUUUACUGGAAACACAAUUUUACCGCCAUCGAUUUCACAAUUUGAAACACCCUUACAAUAUUUUCUAUGGUUUUUUGAUAAUGAAUUAUUAGAACACAUCACAGAAGAAAUGUACAAAUUUAGCAUCCAAAAAAAUGUUUCGAAGCCAUUUCAUAUUUCAGUGUGUGCUCUCAUCAUCGUUUGUGGGACGAGAGCCAGUACAUCAAGUGAAGAGAUAUUGCAAAAAAGCUAAAAAAUAUAUUUAUGUUGAUUGUCCUCAAAUAGUGAAAAUUUAUAAUCAGCACAUGGGAGGUGUCGAUCUGCUCGACUCAUUUCUGGGUAAAUAUAAAAUAAAAAUAAGAACCAGAAAAUGGUAUUUGAGAUUAUUUUACCACCUUCUAGAUGUUGUGGUUAUAAAUAGUUGGUUGCUAUACAGACGAGUUGGAGAGCAGAACGGGACACCAACCCCUCUAAAACUGAGAGACUUCAAGUUUGAAGUUGCAAAAAGUCUCUGUAUGUCUGGUCUAUCGAUGAACAAGAAAAGAGGUAGACCAUCAUCUGCGUCUACUGAAAUUGAGCUGAAAAGGACUAAGCGUAAUACUGCAAUCCUGCCUCCUCCUGAUGUCAGAAGUGAUGGGUUUGAACAUUAUCCUAUUUGGGGUUUGAAACGUCAACGCUGUAAAUAUCCCGGAUGCAAAGGCAAAACUUUCAUUACAUGUGAAAAAUGUCGUGUGGAACUUUGCUUCUAUAAAGAUAAAAAUUGCUUUCGGAAUUUCCAUCAAUAGCACUGUUAUAAUUUUAUUUCGUUUAUUAUAUUUUUUUUUCUUUUUAAGGGCUUACAAUGAUAAUUAUAAAACAUGUUGUAUUAAUCAAAGUGGGGUAGUCCAUUUGUACUGAUUCGAUGCCAAAAAGUAGUAUUAAGGCACAAUGUACCUCAGCGGGAACCAAAUAAAAAAAAUAUAUUUCUACGUAAAUAUUUGGUUUUGAUUUUUUUUAUUAUUUUUCCCGGACUUCUAGUGGUAAACUAUAUAACAUACAUUUUACUCGAAAAGAAAAAAAAAAUCGUGCCUUGUAGGGUUAA